UGGUUCGGACGGAUGGGAACCUGGGUCCGGAGUGCGUGUUUGCGGACGGAGCUGUUGGCCGCUGCGAAGAGCUGACCACCUGCAUGGGGACGGGGGGCGUGGCGCGACACAACGGAGCCGUGACCUUAUGCAAGACUUCCUCUGUCGCGGCCGUGCACGUCUGCUGCCGGAGGCCCGAGAUCAUCGCCAUGCAAAUGUGCUCAAAGUGGACGCAAUACUGGAGUGCCGCCUCACAGGACCUCACAAGCUCGUGCAUCACUUCACGGCCUCUCAUAUACGGGGGGCAGGAGGCCUUGCUGGGGGAGUUCCCCCACAUUGCUGCGGUGGGCUGGUGGCGGGAGGAAGGUCUAGUGUGGCAGUGCGGUGGGUCGCUCAUCACGCCCUUCUUCGUGCUCACUGCUGCUCACUGCAUCCACCGCAACCUCACGAUGGUGGUGAGGCUUGGGGAGCACGACCGCUCAGUGCAUGAUCGGGGAGUGCUACCGCGCCUUAAUCUGGGACUGCCACCGGGGCUCGCGGGGGAAGAAAUCAUCAAAGAGCGAUCCUCUGACUCGGUGCCUAUCGAACAAACCAUUAACGUGACGCAGAUCUUCUCCUAUCCUGCCUACCAGAAAUGGUACCACAACAUCGGGCUCCUCAAACUCGAACAUCCCGCGGGGCUGACGGCGCGCGUGUUGCCAGCUUGCCUCCCCAUCUCGCCGGUGCAGCACUUUGAGCACACCUCCACCUUCGUCGUCGCCGGCUGGGGCGGCACUGAGUAUGACCGACUGGGCUCAGUCGACCGUCUGCGGAAGGUUGCAAUUGACUACAUCGCACCCAACCGCUGCUGGCAAGGUUUCAACGAACACCCAGCCCUCCGACCACCCUGGGGCAUAACCAAAGACAUGAUCUGCGCUGGUGCUGACGGCAAGGACUCCUGUGCAGGCGACAGCGGUGGGCCUCUGAUGCAGGAAGAUUUCGAUGUUCCUGAAGCUCCUCCCGGGACAUGCGUUCCGCGUGUGGUGACAGGGGUGGUCAGCUUCGGUCCCGCAGUGUGCGGACAGAUGAGUGUCUACACGCGGGUCGCAGCCUACCUCGACUGGAUCACCUCAAUCGUGGCACCUAAUGCGUCUUAUUCCCCAGCUGUAUAGUGUAUUGAUCCCUCUUCGUUUGUUUCCCCUGAUCCCUGUUUGUUUCCCCUCGCUAUUGAUCCCUGUUUGUUUGGCUCACGGGAGUUUUAUUGCUCCAAUGGAACACAAUCAUACCAUUCCUCCUCCAUGACCAACAAAAUUUUCGCUUCUGCUGCUCAAUGUUUCCACCUAUGAUCAUUUAUAAUUCAGUAAUAUUUGCCUUUUUGCAACCCUUCCCCUUGCACUGAAAAUUCUCCUCACUUAUGAGCCGUACAAAUAACUAUUAUUCGGCAAGAAGUGCAUGCUUUGAUUGUAGCCACGUGUAGGAAAAUUAGCGUUUGGAAUUAGUCAUGCGUUGAGAAGGACGCGUUUUGAAUGAGGUCAGGCAUUUCCUGUGCUACCUAUUCUUCGGUUGGAAGCACCGCUUUCUCGCCGAAGACAAAUGGUCUCGCUAUAAUAACGGAACUGGGAUUUUUCUCCAUUUCAAAUACUAGUAAUAUUGAUUUACUCUAGAUUUAAGUUUUAUUUGGUCUGUGCCAUCGCAAAAAGCAAUUCCCGGGAUGUCUUGCAUUCUUCAUUGAACUUUUGAUAUGCAUCAUUUGAAGAUGGUUACCUCGGUAAGAAAGGUUGAGGUCGUUGCUCCAAAGUUUAAAUUCGUCGUCGUUGUGAACUCUUCGCGCUUGAAGAUGUGAAAAUUCGCAAGCCAUGGAAAGUGAUAAAGCUGGUAUGCUCUGGAAAAUAAAUAAUGUAGAUAAUUCAUUUAAGUAAUUGUAAGCAUUAUCAUUUCUAUGAAAAAUACAAAGAAGUGGCU